AGUUCGUUCCGUGACGCGUUCAGCUGCGCUAGCGUUUGUAGCAGAAAGCAGUGUGGAAGUGAAUAAACUCAAGUAGUGUUGUGUUGUGUCAUAUUAAACGCCUUUGAGUUUUUUUGUGAUAAUCAGAGAACUCAUUUUGAGGUUGGGUUAUCUGUUUACAUGAGAUUACGCCCUUCUGGGCUAAUAAUUUUACCCUAGUUUCUUUUUCUAUUAGAAUAUUGUGUAAAUUAAUUGUGAAUGAAUGCCACGCCGUUCUUGUGUAAUAAUGUCAGCUGUUAAGAAAAGUUUCGGCAGUAGAAAGUUUUAUGCCUUACCUGAAGACUAUGCCAUAAAGAGUAGUAAAUUGAAGUCCCAAACCCUUGUGAAGAAAGAAGACUCUACUAAACUCAUCAAAUACAUCGAUGACAACAUAAUCGGCAAGAACACAACUUUUGCAGGACCAUUUGGAAGACGUAAAGUGGUCUACUGCGAUUAUACAGCUUCCGGGAGAUCUCUGCAGUUCAUAGAAGACUACAUCUUGAGAGAAGUCCUGCCUCUCUAUGGCAACACUCACACCACCACCACGAUUACGUCGAUGCAGUCAACACUCUUCAGACACGAGGCCAGAGAUGUUGUACGUAAUGCCGUGCACGCCUCGGAGGAAGACGUGGUGAUAUUUGCGGGCCACGGUUGUACAGGAGCCGUACACAAGCUGAUCCAUGCGUUGUCGUUGGAUGAUCCACCGAUCGUGUUCGUCGGCCCUUGUGAACAUCACUCCAACCUUCUGCCAUGGCGGGAACUCGGUGCCAAGAUCGUACGAAUAUCAGAGACCAAGGAAGGGUUCUUAGACCUGGUAGACCUCGAGAACCAGUUGCAGUUUCAGCGGACUGUGGAAGGAGAUCGAACUCUCAUCGGUUGUUUCUCCGCAGCCUCAAACAUCACUGGUAUCUUAGCAGACGACAUUGCAACCACACUGUUGCUGCAUCAGUAUGGCGCUCUGGCAUUCUGGGACUACGCAACUGCAGCUCCGUACGUUCAGCUGGACAUGAACCCUCUACUCCCAGGAGUCAAUGAGAAAGCUGUGUACAAAGAUGCUAUGUUCUUCUCCGGACACAAGUUUGUGGGCGGGGUUCAGACACCUGGUAUCCUAGUGGCAAAGAAAUCCCUCUUUGUCAACUCCGUACCUCAAGGAUGUGGUGGAGGAACUGUUUUCUUCGUCACUGCUUCAGGACACAAAUAUCUCAAGGACGUUGAGAUGAGAGAAGAGGGAGGUACGGCGGCCAUCGUAGAAUCCAUCCGAGCUGGACUUGCGAUGCAGCUCAAAAUGACUGUUGGAGUGGCCAACAUCAUGGCCAGAGAAGAGAAAAUUACAAAGUUGAUGCUCUCCCACUUACGCAAGAUUCCGGAGAUUAUCUUGUUAGGUAACGGGUCCCAGUCAGCCAAACGUCUUGCUGUGUUUUCGUUUCUUGUGCGCCAUCCCCGGGGGACGUUCCUCCAUCAUAACUUUGUUUGCGCCGUACUCAACGAUGUGUUCGGCAUACAAGCCCGAGGAGGGUGUGCUUGCGCCGGACCUUACGCUCAGGAUCUGCUCGGCAUAGACGAGGAUCUGGCGCAGGAGUAUGAGACUAUACUACUGGAAGAUGAGAACCUGGAUCGCCACCAUUUGCGUCGCCAUGAGGAGCAUUCGUCGUACGAGAUGUUGCGUCCAGGCUUCACUCGGCUCUCGCUGCCGUACCACAUGGCCGAGCCCGAGGUACUGUUUGUCAUGGAGGCAGUCAAGAUGGUCGCCACGGAGGGGUGGAAACUGCUGCCUCAGUACGUCGUCAACCCCGAGACUGGGGAAUGGAGGCAUCACUCGAACUCCGUGUUCAGAGAGAGGAAGUGGCUGGGUCAGAUCCGUUAUGUGGAUGGCAAGAUGGCCAUCCAUGAGAGGAAGGUUUCCGGAGUCGCGUCAUGUCCAACAGACUACAGUGAAUGUCUGCAAACUGCCAGGAACAUCUUCAAUAAGGCUAGAAAGAUGGCGCAAAGAUACCCUCUUGGAGACCAAUGUGUCAUGUUCAACGAAGAGACAAACCACCUUCGAUGGUUCAUGUUGCCAAGCGAGGCACAGGAUCUUCUCCUCGGUAACUGCAUCAACGUCAAGACAUGUGUUCCUUUCACUCCCUCGGACUACGCAGGGAGCCGCGGAGGGGAAAACUCCCCCAUCCCUCUGACCACCUUCUCUCGUCAUAAGAGUCUGUCCUCACUUGAGAUCAAACUUAACAAUGCCAACAGGACAGACAUGAGGUCCAGAGCCGACAGCUUUAGUCCACAAACGUUCACUGGAGCGAGAGAGCGAUGCUACAGUCUGGGUGGCGACACUUUGCCUCGCAGUAGACGAGAACGACAGAUCAGCUGUAGCAGCCAAACUGACGGGUCAGAACAGCCGGCUAGAAUGAGUUCAGCAACUCCCCCAGUCGUGGUCACCACUACAAACAACCCUCAACAUCUACAGGCGUACAUGCAUGAAGUGAGCAUGUCACUAGCCACCGAGAUCAAGUCAGAGAUCCGUGAGGUGAUCAACCGCGUAGAGGACGUGUUGUCCUCCGAGAGUGCGGACGAGAGUUGCAGCAACCAUGUGGUCGACGGCAACGCAGGGACACCAUCGGUAGUCAUCAAUCCCCCGGUGUUCGACUUGGGGUGCAACCAACAGAGCAUGAUCAUGCAACCGUCAUGCAUGCAACCGCUCACUGUGCAGAUGCCGGUAGGCCCAGCACCUUCUCUCCACCGAGCCUUCUCAUCUCCGAAUACUUCCGUCUCCUACUUCCAGACGAUGGACCCGUCUCUUGUCAACAACUCGCCUCAAAGCUCAAUCUCGGCCGAUCAUGUGGCCGAGUGUCUGGCGGAACUUACAGGAGAGAUGGUGUCUGAGCUCAAGUCUGAGAUACGAGAAAUGGUAUCGCAAGUAGACGAGCUGAUCUCUCCGAGCAGUGAGUCCGGACGUACUAAUUCCCCUGAGGCGGAGGAACCUCGACCGAGGUUGUCUGAGGAAGAUUCCUCACUUCCGGACGUUGUGGAAGUAGAGAGUCUUGCGUCUAUUGCUGAAGGAGUCGAGGACUGUCACAAACUCAAGUUCAAGGACGCUAGGAGAUCGACAGUAAACAGCAUCAGUUCGCAAGACAGCGGCAUCAACCUGAGUUAUCACGAAAGGGAUUCAUCACCCGCAGACACAAUCUGGCGUAGAAACGGACACACAAAUGAGACUAGAGAGAUGAACAAGAAGGCGGCGGCUACGAACAAGAAGGUGGAGCUUUGCACGCUGGUUUGCAAGCGAGACCAGGAGAACGAACUUGCGGACAACUUGAAACAGAAUCUUGCCAAACCGAGGUGGCAUUGCCCACCAAAGAAUAUCUGGAAACCUACCACAGACGCGAUAAAAGAGUUCAACAUGAUCCAAGAGGGGGACAGAGUGCUGGUGUGUCUGUCCGGAGGUAAAGACUCUCUAUCUCUUCUGCACACACUGCACCAGUACCAGUACUACGCUAACAGCAAAGGCCUACACUUCACGCUGGGAGCCGCCACAGUAGACCCGGGCAGCUCGGCCUACAAUCCUCGUCCGCUCAUACCCUACCUGCAGGCGCUCGGGGUGCACUACUUGUACGAGGAACAAUCUAUUCUAGACGCAGCCUCCUCGGUUGACUGUAAGUCCAUAUGUAGUUUCUGCAGUCGUAUGAAGCGUGGAAGGCUGUACGCUGCUGCGCGGCGUGAGGGUUACAAUGUUCUCGCACUCGGACAACAUCUAGAUGAUCUCGCUGAGAGUUUUCUCAUGUCCACUUUUCACAAUGGCCGUCUACGCUCUAUGAAGGCACAUUACUACAUAAGAGAGCGAGAUUUGAGGGUUUGUCGUCCGUUUGUCUACGUGAGAGAACGAUCGCUCCGACAGUUUGCAGAGAGUCGCCAUCUUCCAGUCAUCCCCGAGAAUUGUCCGGCCUGUUUUGAAGCACCUAAGGAGAGGUAUCGCACCAAACAGCUGUUGGCCCAACAAGAGAUUCUGUUUCCUCGUCUGUUCCUGUCUCUACGAGCCGCACUCAAACCUCUGAUCAGUUUCCGCGCGACAGGUGAAGAGAGUAAGGCUUACUCAAAAGGUUGUCUCGGCCCCGACGACCUCAGCGAUACUGACACUGAGGAGGAACCUGCGCCUGUACUACCAGAUCAAGGGAGUUGCCCGUAAGAUUGACGACCAACUUUGACACUAUCAAAUGACAAACCGAAACAGCAAUCGUUCAAGUGUUUACGCCAACGGUUUAUUUAAAGACUUUGUUUUCCAAUUGUUACUACCUAUCUACGUAGUGUGUACAUGGUUUGUGUGAAAGUUAUUGUGAUUUAGCAUAAAAGUUGUAUAUUUAAUUUAGUUAGUGUGCGUGAGUAAAAAAUUCAUUUUAUAUUUAUAUGGAUUUUUUGAGAAAGUUUAAUGGUAGUUAGAUUAGAGACGGUACAAUAACUGUAAGUUUUGUAUACAUCUAACAAAACUUGACAAAACGUUUAUGAUUUUUUUUAUUAGUAAUGAUUUUUUUUAAAGAAUGUUUAUAACUUUUAAGAUUAAAUAUUUUGUGACAAAAGAUUUUUUUGUGCAUUAUUGUGUAAAAAAGUUAUAUUAAUGUUUUUUCCAACACAAAAUUUGUUAUUUCUUUAAUACUGCUCAUGCAGUUUUUAAAACUUAAACACCCAUAAAUGAUAGAACACUAUAUUUGUAACUGAAGGAACCUUGUAAAUAACAUAUACCAUCAACCCUCUAGAACGAAUUUAGCAUCCCAUUGUCAUUAACAAAGCCAAAUUAGUUUAACUGUAGGAGUUGAGCUCAAAUAGGUCAGCUUUUAUAUUUUGGUAUUUCUAGUCGUUUCUAGUGAAUACUGCCAAAAUAGAAGUAGUAAGAUGAAAAAAUAUAUGCUGGAUGUAUAUAUUCUAGAGGAGAUAUUUAAUUCUUCCUGACACAAAAUAUCUUGGGCCAUUUCCUACUACGUAUAAGCGUAAAAAUUAAAAAUUUGCUGAGCUAAAUAAAUUUGGCUUGAUACUUUCUUGUCAAUUGCUCUUCUCCAAGUGUUUUUACCCUUAUCCAUACCCCAUUAUUGAGUAAAAUUCGUUAAAACUGGACAGUCAGCUUUUAUCAAACUGUUAAGUAGCGUGCGAUCAGACAAAAAGAUGUUUGGUAACAAUGACUGUCAAAAUUCAUAAUGUGAAUUGUCUGUAUUGCAUAAAUACGUGUUAAUGUACAUAUAUCUUCGCUCUAAACCCUUUUUGUUUAUAUUUACUCACGAUUCCAUUUUUUUGUUCCAUUAUUUUCAAUGUAAUUAUACCCAACUAGAAUGUUUUUGUUUAUACACAGAUUAAUUCAUUGAUACACUAUUUUAGGUAUUUUAGGACACCCCAAUUAAUUUAGUUUACAUUAUUCAGGUUUUACUGUUCAAACCAUUCUCGUGUCUCAAGAUAUUUUGUGUCGAGUGAAAGAACGUUUUAAAGUCUUGUCCCCAAAGCCUGUUGUAUCUUGUGAAGAAGUCAAUGUUGGAGUCCCUGUAAUUUUGCGAUAUUCUAUUUAGAGGCCUUGAUUUAGCUAGUAGCGUUUUGAGUAUUGUUAAUGCUAUUUUGUAUUCAUUUGUUGUGAUAAAUGUAUACAUGAAGAUAUUGUAUACUUUAGUGUGUAUAUAUUUUACCGAGUCAUUUACAAAUAUUUCCAUUGUUAGAAGUAGCUUGUUCUGAUUGAGGUUAUGUUUUGGUUAGGUUUGUUAAGAAUGUGAUUCUUUAUUUUGCUGAAGUGACUGAUUCAAGUGAUUUGGUUUUUUGAAAACUGAUUAAAAGUUAUAACCGUGUCAUCAAUAUUUUGUUUUGGUACAACUGUAUCAGUUUUCUUUAAACAAUACAAUUUAUUUGAAAUAUUUCAAAGAGCUUUGUUUACUAGAAAUUUUGUUAGUUUGGUAUUAUAAAGAAAUGUAACAUCUCAAAUCAAUUUAAAAAAUAUUGUGCAAUUAAUGUUUACCCUGUAUGUUGUUCAAUUAUUGUGAGUAGUACCCAUUUUGAUUCUUAAUUUUUGUACUGUAGAAAACAUUAUAGAUUUAGCAUUGAUAUUUGUAGUAUUAAAAAUCACAUAAGAAAUUUACAGAUUGAUUUUGAAUCUGAAAUUACGUUUAUGUAUAAAAGUCUACUUUGUGGUUUAUUCAUUGUAAUACCUUUAAAAAUCAAUAAUGACCAACAUGAAACAUUUCAAUCCAAAAAUAAAAAAUAAAUAAUCUAAAGCUUUUUAUCUGAGAAUUUUUCUUGUUUUCAAAGUUGAUAUUUUAAUGAUAAUUAACUAAAAAUUAAAAAUUGAAGUUCAAGAACAUCAAGAAGUUCUCAAAAUCUUACAAGAAUUUCAAUAAAAUUUCUCUUGACAAAACCUUAUAUGGUACAAGUCAAUCCAGUAUCAAGAAUAUUUUUAGCGACAUAUUUAAUAGCCACAGAUACUUUGUAAGUUUUUUUUUUACCGUAACAUGCAAAGGGAAAUUUGCUAAAACUGUUGAAGCAGUAAAAAUAAAGUAAACUGAACGUUUUGAUGUUAAAUAUGAACAGUUAUUUUUCUUUUUUAUGUUGCAAUACAAAUUUUACCCUUCAAACCUGAUUGUGUCAAAGUCAACGCAAUACAUAAAAUAUUUGUACUAAAAAGAUAAGGUUUUAUAAACCUAUACAAUAGAUUUGUACCACACCUUUCUAUAUAUUUUCCACCACCUUAAACACCUUGUAGGAUAUCAUGUUUUGUUAUUAAAAAAUGUUUAUGCAAGAUUUAGAUUGUAAUGAAUGUACAAAUGAUUGUAACAAGUUUGGUCUGUGAUUGUGGUUUUUUUACCAAGUUGAGAACAGAGUUGGUUUACGGAUGAUUUGGAUUUGUGAUGUUCUGUAAAAUAAAAUAUUUUAAUUUGUA